CAACGAGGUGCGCGAACGCGCUCGAGCUCGCGCACAAAACCUGCACGGACUCAAAUAUUCGGUGACCGUCAAAAGUUCCAUAGCGCGAUCGUGAAGAGACGACCGGGCAUGGCGGACGAAAAUCCCAAUGCAGUACCGAACCCUGUACUUCCACCAGCUUCGUCCAGCUGGACAGUAACGCUCUGGAGCCUGGUGAUCACGGCCACAGUGCUCCUCCUCUUGUCAGUGGUGGUCACCGCUUUCGUCACGACGACGCUGUUCACGCCGACGCUGAUGCCAAACGCCAGUCAUCCAUUGCUGCCGCAGCUGAGGAUUCCCGACCACAAGCCUCCGAAGCAGCUCGUCGUAGAUUCUUCGGCCCCGUCAACGGCAACGCUGCCAAGGCUGUGCGAAACGACCGCCUGCAUCGAACAGGCGAAGCUGCUGUUACGCCAGUUGAAUAGCUCACGAGAUCCGUGCGAAGACUUCUACAGCUACGUGUGCGACGACUGGGCCGCGAAACGACCUCUCGCUCCUGGAGCGGAGCGUAUUUCCCUCGAUACCAUUCUGAGCGACGGUUACAUCGAACUGCUUUCUUCUGGCCUCGCUGCGAACAUCACUGAGUAUCCCGAGAUCCGCUUCUUGUUCGAGCGUUGUCUCAGCCCAGAACCUGACCUCUUCGACAGCCUCCUCACCAUGUUUCUUGAAGUCUCUAACAAGUGGAUGGUCAGAUUUCCCAAGCAGCAACUCACCCCCACCGACGUUUCUAGUAAAAUUGGCAGGAUAUUUCGCGAGUUGGGUGUCGAGACACUCUUCAAGUUCUUCGCCGUAAAGGACCCCAUGAACAAGACGAAGAGAUACGUCGGACUUGGCGAGCCCUCCACCGUUCUCCUCCGCGGUCGUCUUCAACAGGACGAGUACGAGCUGGUGAGAAUCUCUUUUGCACCCGUACUGACGUUCUUCCAGCGGUACGUCGACACAGACCUGUUUCUGUUCGAGGACCAUCUCUCCAACCUCUUGGUGAGGCCACGGCGGGACUCUGUGGCCCUAGUCAACUGCACAGUGAUCAAGGUGCGGGACUUGCCCAUCAUGCCGAGCAUCGAUUGGACCACACUUCUACAGAGCGUGUUUGGCAAAGGCCUGCGCCCAAUAUCACGCAGGACCUACAUCAAGCUCGACUCCCCCGAAUACAUCGUGAGGUUGACUAGAGGAGAUAUUGCCAAGUCCACCAAAGAUCUUUUGGCCUAUCUCCUGUUCAAAGUGAUGAUGGCUCUUUCGCCCUUGUUGAAGGACGACCGGCUGCGGAACGACCUGGCGUCUGUGGCGUACGCUCGGCAUCCUGAGUUCGCCCAGACGCUGCCGCAGAAGCACUAUUGCCUGCGGAUGUUGAACAGGUUCGAGCCCAACUUGCCGCUCUACGUCUCGCGACACUUUGCAGAGAACAUCGUGGGAGGCAAAGAAGUCGUCGAGGAGGUAAUAUCCGUGCUCAAGCUUGUGCUUGACCGGCACGUGCAGGACAACCUCGGACCACUCAGCUCGGGACUUAGGGAACACCUCCAGGAGAAGCUGCGGAAGUUGUCGUGGGAGCCCUUCCUACCGAAAGCACUCAACGACAAAACUUUUCGGGCCAAGUACCUGGAGGGCAUCUAUUUGAGUAACUCACCGGUGUCAACGGCGCAUUUUUUCUAUACGUGGAUUCGCAAGUCGCUCGAGAAGAGUCUAGUGGCGCACAUGAGCUCCAAGGUGGCGCACCCGGGGUGGCAAGGAGGCUUCCUGUCUUCGUCGAGCAGCCUCCACUUUCCGUACGAGCGCCUGGAGAUUCCGUUGCCGGUCUUCGACUUCUUCAUGCGCAGCGAUCCCGCCCUCAGGCCCCUGCACUUGCCCCGGGUUGGUCCAAAGGUCUACCGGAGCUUGUUCAGGGCCAUCUACCACUGGAUGUUCAACUUCGACUACAGCCAACUGCGAGGCUCCACGCGCAUCUUCGAUCAGCUGCGUGACUGCCUCGCUCAACAGUACUCUAGCCUGCUAUGGAUGGACAAGAACGUCCAGCUGAAUAGCUCGCAGACGUCCUGGGAAGAUCUCUGGGACUACUUGGCCGUGCCGCCAGCAUAUAAGGCGUUCCAGCUGUACAGCAGUAGGGUGUCGCCGCACUACCGACUGCGCCUUCUGGAACACUUGAACGUCAACCAGCUGUUCUUCGUGUACUAUGCGGUGAGCUUCUGCGAGAACAGCAACCGACGGUUUCUACGCAAGGAAGCUGCGCAGGGCCCGCACAGCCCUGCCUGGUACCGCGUCAAUGGCCCGCUACGCAACAUGCCAGAAUUCGCACGAGCUUUCAGUUGCAGACCCGGCAGCUUCAUGAAUCCGAAUGUGAAGUGUGGCCAUGGGUUGUCGACCCGUUUAAAGGAUGUGUUAUAAACUGUUCGACGUGACUUUGCAGUGGCCAUUUGAUGUUUCAGUGAUUGUUGCACAGCGCACUACCUGUUGCAUGUGUAGUACGCACGUCGAACGUCAGACUACCGUUCAGUAACUGUCAUAAAAGAUGGAGCGUUUUCA